UCACUCAAUACAUAUGUCCUCCCACAGUGCUUCAUCGUCUCCACUUCGGCUUGCGGGCCGCUCGUAGUCGCCGCGCGGUGUGCCAAAAACAAUGUGUACUGAACCAGGGUACGCAGUUAUAUCUUAUGUCCUCAUGCUCUUCGUCCUCCGGACCACAAGCACUCGAGUCAUCCUCGAGUUCGCCUGUACUUCGUCGUAUCUAAGCUUCUUGUUGCUGCGACGGUUUUCCUGCACCCUCCAGGUUUUCCUGCAUCCCCCAUAUGUGCUCUGCGGGUCAUGGAAGAUGCGGCUAUCGAACGUCAGAUUCCCCAUUCGGUCUGAACAAAUGCCUGCGAGGUCAAGUUUACGACAUUGCGGUCUUCUAUCUGCUCCCAUCUCUGACGACAGACUGUUAAACAUUGUCGGUAUUCUGCUCGGGCCACGUCCCGGGGGCCCGUCCUGGUGGAGGUCGUGUCAGAUUAGGUCGGGCUUUGGCGCUGUUCACUGUUAGUACUGCAGUGCUAAGUCGGACCGCCACCACUUAGUCGACAAAUUAGCCCUUGUCAGAUCGUUCAGCUUUCUUGACGCGAUCAAGUUGCCGCUACAAUGACAUUUUGAACAUGAUGACGGGUUUCAGAACCAGGCGUGAGUGUUGUUUAAAUCAUCGUGCCUCCAAUAGAUGCUUCUUGCCCACACGUAUCAAAUUCGUCGUAUGUGUGUUAUGUAUGCCU